AGUUGGAAAUCUAAGUUUCCAAGUGAAUUGCUGCUGGCUCUAGCUCUCGUUCCUUCUCUCCUCCGAGGAAUGAUGAGGUGAUUCGGAGCACCAACAAUGGGACCGAGCAUGUAUUGAUGCUUGCCACGCAGAACCUAAACUCCAAAGCAACCCUGGACCUUCAGAACGUGGAGGAGAAGUAACUCCAAAACGUCUCGCUGUUUCAAGGAUGUUCUUCCCAGAUGUGCCUCUCUCAGCCAUCAAUUACGCGCUCGUGUUGGGAAUAACGUGUCUGACGGUCUUCUGCAACUUCACCAAAAGUUCCUCUGAGUUUUCAGGUUACCUGUCCAAAGUGUUGAGGAACUACACCGAGCAGGCGUGCGACGGCGACUUCCUGUCGGUCCGCUGCCCGCCCCGCACCACCAUCACCGUCCAAUCGGCUUUCUACGGCAGGAAAGGCCCCUCCCACCCCCAGCAGUGCCCGUCCUACCAGAGAUACACCCUUGUAGGGACACACCCACUGGAGGAUGACACAUAUUGUUACAUGUCCACUGCACUACAGAAAAUGUUGGAUGAGUGCCAGGACCGGAGGAUCUGUCAGGUCCUUGUCAGCAGUCGUCUCUUCGGGAUGGACCCGUGCCCCAGUAGCAGCAAAUACCUCAUUGUGUGGUACAAAUGCAUGCCUAAUGAGUAUAAGAGUACGGUGGUGUGUGAGGAGGAAAGGAUGAAGCUGAGCUGUAAACAGGGGAUGCAGAUCGCCGUCUACUCUGCCAUGUUUGGUCGAACCCAACAGGGGACCCUGGAGUGUCCUACCCAUCACAGGGCGCCCUCCGUAGACUGCCAGUCGGGCGUGGCUCUCCAGGUGCUGAUGGCCCGUUGUCAGGGGAAACGGAGCUGUUUGGUCCGGGCGUCCACGCGAGAGUUCGGGGACCCCUGCUACUCUGGCACCAGGAAAUACCUCAGUGUCAUCUACACCUGUGUCCCAAAGAAUUUGCUGCAGCAGGUGCCCAGCCCCAGAGUACCAGUGUUUUACCCCGCACCGCCCCGUGCCCAUGACCCAGACGUGGUUGGAGACAGUGCUCCCCCUGAUGAGACGUUGGUCAUAACCUCUGACUCUGUGCUCUCAGUUAUCCCUUCAGGCAAGAAGAAGCGAGGGAGAGAGUCAGGCUCCUACUCUGGGGAGGUAAAGACGAACAAGGAAGGAGUGGAGGAGAGCGCCCCACGGCCUCCGGACAUGAACCCUGUAAUCAACGCUACGACGGGCAGCACCAACAUGGCCCUCAUCAGUAGCGCACUGGCAGCCUACAACUACAUAGCAGACCACCCAGAGCGUGCAGCUCUCUACUUCCUGUGUGGCGUGUGCCUGGGCCUCUUCUUUACCCUCUUUGCUCUGGUGGUCCAGAUCUCAUGCCGCACCGACUGCCAACCCCGCCGUCGCCCCGGCACCACCACCAAGAAGCGUCCGCGGCCCUCCGACUCCUCGUCCGACUCCAGAGACUCGGACUCGGACACCACGUCAGACCUGUCGGCCCGCCGCCACCGCCGUUUCGAGCGCACGCUCAACAUGAAUGUGUUCACAUCAGCGGAGGAGCUGGAGCGUGCACAGCGGCUGGAGGAGAGGGAGAGGAUCAUACGAGAGAUCUGGAUGAACGGUCAGCCGGAUAUACCCGGGACGCGCAGCCUUAACCGCUACUACUGAGGCAGGACCGUUAAGGAUCCUCUACUAGAUCUAGAAAGGGGGGGCUGUGAAGGUUGGAGCGCAGUACUUGAGAUGGGAUGUGUAGGACCACAAAUGGACCUCUGGGGUUUGGGAAUGGGGCCCAAUGACCUGGUGGGGACCGGCGAAGGUUUGGAAUCCUCUGUCUGGGUAUCCCCCUCUGUCAGUCUGUCUGUGUCCAUGUGGGUACUCUAGACCAGGGCUGCACAACCCUCUUCCUGGAGAUCUACCAUCAUGUUGGCUUUCAGUCCAACCCUCUUCCUGGAGAUCUACAGUCCUGUAGGUUUUCAGUCCAACCCUAAUUUAACAUGCCUGAUUCAGCUAGUUAAGGUCUUGUGAGCAGCUAAUUAGUAGCAUCAGGUGUGAUAAAUUAGGGUUGGACUGAAAACCAACAGGAUGGUAGAUCUCCAGGAUGAGGGUUGGACAGCCCUGGUAUAGAGCAAAGACCCCUCUGUUUUUGCAGUGAGAAUAAGCUCCUCCUUCUCAGCAUGGUAAGCUCGACCGGAGCCCGCCUGUCAUUGGUGGAGGCUGAAGGUGGAAGGUCAUUUAACUGCACAGCCUCGCAUUUGACCUCCUCACACCCUUCUGAAGUGGAGGAUCUUGGGAUACGUAGGCAGUAAAGCCUGAAAGGUGAUUUAAGGACAGUUGCUAAUGUUACUCCAGUGUUGCCUAGUGGAUAUUGAGAAUUGGGCAGCUUGCUUCAUGCUCACUCACCCUCCAGUAUUUAAAUGGGUGAAUGGUUUCCGGAGAGGCAUAGCACUUACAGUGAAAUGUACAGCGUAACACUUAAGAGGGAAAUGACCACGUUCAACCGACGCUGCCUUUUAAACUUUGAACCCAAAAUGUGUUUUUUUGGAAUUCAUCUCAAACCCUUUAUGAAAUGUAUUUUAUAUAAUAUUUAAAUCAUAUUUUUUGUUAUUGUGUAUUUUUUUCUUUACAGUUAUUAUGAAAUAUUUUUAUACUGUGGCGAUUGAAGCUUGUCUGGCACCUCAGGGAUGCAAUCCUAGGCGUAUGUCCAAAAUGGCACCCUAUUUGUUUUAUAGUGCACUACUUCUGGCUAGAGCUGUGGUCAAAAGUAGUGCACUACAUAGGGAAUAGGGUGCCAUUUGACAGAACCCUAGUGUUUCUGUGUAUGGUCGUUUCUAUUUGCUUCCUAAGAAGAGGAUCAGGGCCUGUAUUUAACAAGUGCCUCGAGUAUGAGUGCUGAUCUAGGAUCAGGUUACCCCUCCCCCUGUCCAUGUAAUCUUGUUCAUUAUGAUCUAAAAGGCAAAACUGAUCCUAGACCAGGACUCUUACUCUGAGACUUUAUGAAUUCAGGCUCAGUACAAUGCUCCAGAUGUGUCAGCAUAAAAAAAAAGAUGUAAAAAAAUACAUAAUGUAAACUCAGAGGUCAAGUGAUUUAAUAAGCUUGUUUUUUAUAUGUUAUAAUAUGUACAGUGCAGUGCCUUACCUGGCAACAAGGAUGUAUAUUGGUGGAAAAGAAAACCCCAGUCACCUGAGUCAACCAAUCAUUAUGAAUUUAUGAAACAAUCAAUUCCAAUCAUGUUUAUUUCCAUGUUUCUCAUGUUAUGUAUCUCACUUUGUCAAACUGGCUUGUGUGUGUGUGUUGUCCACGUUUAAAUGGUGAGGCAGGUCCCAGAUAAUGUUGUGCUGUGUCAUGCCAAUGGCCAUAAGACUUGAUAAGACAGUAAAACAGAUCUAGGAUUAGCUAGGAAAUGGCUAAAAUCUAUGUUAAUUUUUUCAAAUACAUUGCACUUGUUAUCAUGUAGGAAUGUAUGUACAGUACAGAACACUAUCUCUUCAAUUGUCUACCAGUGAAAUAGCUUCCAAAUUAUUACUGUGGGCAGCAAGACUAGUGUUGUCCCUCAUGGGACACCAUAGGGCUAUCUGUCAGGUUUAUUGUAAUGACCAUGUUGUUAAUAUAAUAAUAAGUUAUAUUCAUCCAGUUCUGUUGCACUGGGUUGAACCAUAGGUAUCAUGGUUUAUCAUAAGAAGUUUGGGAUUUUCUUGACUGAGAGGGGAGUUGAGAAUGCAGUGAAUAAUCUUCACUUCAACUGCAAUCAUUUAAAUGGUUUUAUAUUGAAAAAGCUUUUGUGUUUCAAUGGGACAAAACAAUAUGGCAAUAGCUGGUGAGACCAAAAUAUGACUCCUUUGCUUGGAAUAAACUGUGUUGAAAAUAA